UAACUCUGAUCGCUUCCAUGGCUUCCCUCCAAUUUUUCUCUAUACCCGUCUCGCGAAACCCACAUAUUACCAGAAAACCAGUUGAACAUCCUUCACCUAGUUUGCGUCUAAUUCCAAGAAACCUUGCAUUUUUAGGACCUGGGUUACGUUAUAUUCACCACGGCUCAGCCAAAGAUAUCAAAUCUAUCAGAAGCUCGAACCGAACCGAAGCUGUGACUGAUUACAGCAUUCAAGUCUCUGAUGUCCCACUGCUGACUAGCUCAGAGGCAAUGGAAAGGCUAAAAAUAAACCGCGAAAAUCGAAAGGGUACACAAGAGUUUCUAGCCAUGUAUUCUAGCAUUUUUGGAGGAAUUACAACAGAUCCAGCUGCUAUGGUGAUUCCUAUUGAUGAUCACAUGGUCCACAGAGGGCAUGGGGUUUUCGACACUGCUGCUAUAAGGGAUGGAUAUUUGUACGAGCUGGACCAGCACAUUGACCGUAUUUUGAGGUCAGCAUCCAUGGCCAAAAUUGGCCUAGCGUUUGAUCGAGAAAGUAUUAGGAGAAUCCUCAUACAAACAGUGAGUGCUUCUAAGUGCAAAACAGGAUCACUAAGGUACUGGCUCUCGGCAGGACCUGGUGAUUUUCAGUUAUCUCCAUCUGGCUGCGAUCAGCCAGCUCUUUAUGCUGUGGUAGUCCAAGACAAAUCGCCUUUUAGUUCGAAGGGUGUUAAAGUAGUAACUUCGUCGAUCCCUAUAAAACCACCCCAAUUUGCGGUUAUGAAGAGUGUGAAUUAUCUUCCAAAUGUGCUUUCAAAGAUGGAGGCUGAAGAAAAAGGUGCCUUUGCAGCGAUUUGGCUGGAUGGUGACGGAUUCAUUGCCGAAGGCCCUAACAUGAAUGUGGCUUUUGUUACAAAAGAUAAGGAACUUCUGAUGCCUCCAUUUGACAAAAUACUUAGUGGCUGCACGGCUAAGCGAGUUUUGGCGCUUGCAGAAGGCCUGGUGAAGGAGGGUAAGCUUCAGGGAGUGAGAGUUGAAAAUGUGACUGUUGAGGAAGGGAAGAAGGCAGUUGAGAUGAUGCUUAUUGGCAGUGGAAUUCUUGUUCGUCCUAUAGUGCAAUGGGACGAGCAGAUCAUUGGUGAUGGCAAAGAAGGAUCCUUGACUCAGAUUCUCCUGAAUCUUAUCAUCAAAGACAUGGAAUCCGGCCCCCUUACUGUUCGAACACCUAUUCCUUACUAGCUGACACUGUCUGAUACUUUCAAACCUGUUGAAAUUUCAAGCACCGGAAACCAGUCAUUACCCAAAUCUGAUAUUUCUAUUUACUGUACACUUUGGAGCUCUGCUCUCUUGUAAUUUCAGACUAAUAAAGGCAGUUUAUAUGUGCGGAGCUUCAUUCUUCCAGCC